AUGCCAAUCAACGUGAAGAUAUCCCUAUGCAAGAUCACCAGAGCCAGCAAGCUAUUUCAACGUAAUUACUAUCUCCCAUUAUUAAAACCUUUAUCGCCCAAAGAUGCACUUAGAAGGAAGAUCAUCACGGGACAGAACGUUUUGGGAAACAGAAUCGAACAUUACAUCCCCGUACUCAAACCCCAAGAAGAAAAAACAGCUGAAAAGAAACGCAGAGGCAAAGGAGUGCCAGUAGUGAAGAAACGCGUUAAGAGGCACGAAAAUGAAAAAUACGUCGAACCGUUCUUCGAUGAAAACAUGGAGAACCACAACAUGCUUCAAAAUAUCCUACGACGCAAAUCCAAAGGCAAAGGAUAUCACUACAUCUACGAAGUCCCCGAUAAGAAAUGCACCCUAGUCGUAGAUUCCCAGAUGGAAAGAGCCUUAAAAGAUCGCGACGUCGUAGACAUAAUCAUGGCACAACGUAGCGAAAAAAUAGUCGCCAAGCUAUCAAAUGGUACUAGAAUCACCCUACCUCUAGCCCCUUUUAACGAACGUGCUCCUCUUUAUCGAGGAUCCGGUUGGACAAAAGAAUUCAUCGAACAAGAACAUCACCACGGCAAAGAAACCAUGUCCAUAGCGAAACUAUUCGAAGCAAAAGAAUCCGGAGUGGAAGAUUGGGAAUUAGAAAUGAUGCGCUUGGCCAACAAACGCAAGAAGAAGCACAAAGGCGAAGACAAUGUCGACUGGAAGCAAAUGCUGCAAGGAUGCGUGGAAGAGAUGGAUUGGGAAAAGUUCGAAGAAGAUACGAAACAGAUAGUCAACGAACAAGAAGAAGUAGUCGAAGAGGAGGAUAUACCGAUGGAAGUUAACGAUAUGGACAAGACUACUGACGUUGCUGAGAAGCUGAAACUCGGAGGGUCUGUGGUGCUCGAUCAACUACCCACGAUGCUAGAAAUACCCGAAGUUAUAAAGAAUUUGGAAACGGGGGAUAUGUGCGAACUUCUAAACGUAUCUGGAGCUAAAAUAACCUUACCCAGCAAUAACAAGCAAUGCUUCGUCGUUGGACAAAUGGUAAAAACCGAUGAGAACGAAGUUUUCGUGCCCGGCCAAACCAUCGUCAGCGAAGACGGCACUUCAGAUUACACCCCUGGUAUCACUAUAAACGAAGACGAUGAACCUACGCUGAUUCCCGGCCUGGUAAUGGGAGAGGAGGAAUCUUCAGCGAUGUUCCUGCCAGGAGAAUCGACUAUAACGGAUCAGGGUCAGUUGAAAUUCGAAUCCACGCCCGAAGACCGCACCAGAAAAUGGCGAGAACUGUCCCCCAGUCCCCCUCCACCUCCCAAACCUAAGCCAAGAGUGGAACAAGAGGUAGUAAUCCGUCGACGUGUCAUCGAGGAGCCCAGUGAACCGCUAAUUAAAGAACGCUCCAAAAGAAAGCCUCAAGUAGUAGUUGCCGAGAAAAGACCGACACCACCACCUAGAGAAGUUUAUGUACCGAGAGACCCAAUGGGGGAUUCUUUGAAAUUGCUAGAGGAACAAAGACGAAAGCGGGAAGAGGAAGAACGUAAAAGAAUGAAGGAUAGAUUGGAGGAGAAGAUAUUGAAAGAAGAAUCGAAGGUUGAUAAACUGCGAUUAGAGAUGCGUAAAAAGUUUAAGAACAUGAAAUUCGAGAAGCCUCAAGCGUACGUUCCUGUGGAGCCAGUAAAGAAGAGUCAAAAAUUGGAGGAGCUAGAAAUGAGUAUAAAAAAGGGGACAUUUUUCGAUGACGAUAAAACCAAGGAUAUUCUAGAGAGGGCUAAGAGCGCUACAAGAUUGUUGAAAUAUCAAACAGUUCUGAAUUCAUAUGGAAACGACUUUGGACGUCGAUUCUAA